GAUGCUAUGAUUGCUAUGAUGAUGCGGUUAUUGUUAGGUUAUGUUUGUCCUGUUGUACUAUUUUAAUUUAUAGAAUUUUUGUUGUAUAAUAUUAACAGAUAUUAAAUUGUUUAUUGCUAAAGAUAUCUAUACACCAAGAAAAUGAGUAGAAGAAGGGCCCAUGAAGAGGAGGACGGAUAUGAUAGAGCAUAUAGAAAGAGACGUAGAGUAUCUGAAAAUCAAGAAAUUGAAGACCGGUUAGAAUCUCUUAUAUUGAGAGUUGGAGAAAAAAGCACAUCAUCAUUAGAGUCAAAUCUGGAGGGAUUGGCUAGUGUCCUAGAAGCUGAUUUAAGUACUUUUCGUGCGAAAAUAUUAAGAAUAUUAACAGAUUGUGCUAUUCGAAUGCCUGAAAAAUGUACUAUUUACACCACUCUAGUGGGCCUCUUGAAUGCUAAGAAUUUUAACUUUGGUGGAGACUUUGUAGAAUAUAUGGUAAAAACUUUUAAAGAGGCUUUAAAAAGUUGUAAGUGGGAUGCUGCAAGAUAUUCUUUGAGAUUUCUAGCAGAUUUAGUAAAUUGUCAUGUAAUCAGUGCCACUUCUUUGCAACAAUUAUUAGAUAACAUGAUUAGUGCUGCCAAUGAAGAUCAUGUUCCACAGGUGAGAAGAGAUUGGUACAUUUUUGCUAUUCUUUCUACACUUCCAUGGGUAGGAAGAGAACUAUUUGAGAAAAAGGAACAAGCUCUUGAACACUUACUUGUUCAAAUUGAGAUAUUCUUGAAUAAAAGGCCAAAAAAACACCAUAAUGCUUUGAGGGUUUGGGCUAGUGACACACCUCACCCACAGGAAGAAUAUUUAGAUUGUUUGUGGGCCCAAAUAAGAAAAUUGAAACAAGAUGAGUGGGCGGAGAAGCAUAUUCCUCGUCCGUAUUUGGCUUUUGAUUCAAUUUUAUGUGAAGCAUUGCAGCAUAAUUUGCCUUCAAUUUUACCGCCUCCUCAUCAUGAUAGUUACAAAUAUCCUAUGCCUUGGGUGGUUUUUCGAUUAUUUGAUUAUACAGAUUGCCCAGAAGGUCCUAUUCUACCAGGAGCUCAUUCUAUUGAAAGAUUUUUGAUAGAAGAACAUCUACAUUCCAUUAUUGAAAUGUAUCAUCUGGAACGUAAGGAUUGUGCAGCUCACUUAUUGAAUUUUCCAUACAAACUAAAAAUACCGUUAGAAUACUGUAUAAUUGAAGUAAUUUUUGCUGAGCUAUUCAAUAUGCCUACUCCUCGCUAUUUGGAAAUUUGUUAUGGGUCUAUUUUGAUAGAACUUUGCAAACUUCAGCCAAGUACAAUGCCUCAAGUGCUGGCUUUAGCAACAGAAAUGCUUUUUAACAAAAUCGAUACCAUGAAUGUAUCAUGCUUUGACAGAUUUGUCAACUGGUUUGGUUAUCAUCUCAGUAACUUCCAAUUUAGGUGGAGAUGGGAGGAUUGGGAUGUGUGUUUGAGUUUGGAUGCUGAUCAUCCCAAGCCUAAAUUUAUCAGAGAGGUUAUGCUGAAAUGUAUGAGGCUUUCCUAUCAUCAAAGAGUAAGGGAAAUUUUGCCUGACUCUUUUUCAGUAUUCAUCCCAGAGAAACCAGAGGCUGACUAUAAAUAUGCUAAAGAAGCUGAAGCGGUAAAUCUUCCUGGUACGCAAGCGGCGCAUCAAUUAGUGGUAACGAUCCGCCAGAAAUGCACUCCUGAAGAGGUAUUGGCAGUAUUAAAGGAUCUCCCUAACCCCCGAUCGGACGAAGAAGGAGAUGGAAGAUUCAACCCUCUGAAAAUUGACGUUUUCGUUCAGACGCUUCUCAAUUUGGGUUCGAAAAGUUUCUCUCACAGUUUCGCAGCCAUCUCGAAGUUUCAUUACGUAUUUAAGAUAUUAGCUGAUUCGGAAGAAGCCCAAAUAUGCAUCCUGAGAAAUAUGUUCGAACUUUGGAGUACCCACCAACAGAUGAUGGUCGUGCUCGUCGACAAAAUGUUAAAGACGCAGAUCGUGGAGUGUUCUGCUGUAGCAAAUUGGAUAUUUUCCAAGGAAAUGACCUCAGAAUUUACCAAGAUGUACCUGUGGGAAAUUCUACAUUUAACAAUUAAGAAGAUGAAUAAACACGUGAUUAAGUUAGCUGCAGAGCUGACAGAGGCUAGAGAAAAGUUAGCUAGAGCGGAAGAAUCUAGCGAAAGCGAGAGUGAGGAUGACGAGAAAAAGAAACAGGACAAUGCAGAUAAACCUACUGAAGAAAUGGUCGAGAGAAUGGAGGAAAAAUUGGAAGCAGCCCAAGCUGACCAGAAGAAUCUGUUUCUUAUCAUAUUCCAAAGAUUCAUUAUGAUCCUUUCCGAGCAUCUUGUGCGUUGCGAUACCGAUGGUCGCGAUUAUAACACCCAUUGGUACAAAUGGACGAUUGGUAGACUGCAGCAAGUAUUUCUAGCUCACCAAGAGCAAGUACAAAAGUACAGUUCGACAUUGGAGACUUUGCUGUUUACGCAGGAUUUGGAUCCGCAUAUUUUAGAAAUAUUCCAGCAGUUCGUCUCGUUGCAGGGUUAAUGCCUUUUUUCGUUUUUAUAAGAGUUUUGUAUGUUUUUAAAAACACAUAAUUUUUUAGAUUAUAUGUAUAAAUAGAAUGUAACGUUUUAAGCAGAUAUGAUUACUGUAUGUUUCUUUUAUCGUUCUUCUUUGGUGUAGAACGCUAGGCUAGGUUUUGUAUAUUCAGUAUGCAUUGAGUUUUGAGAAUAAAAGACCUAUUGUAACAUAA